AUGGAUGACAGCUUUAUGACCAUGACCAUGAUGAUGGGCGCGACAGUCUUCGUGCAGCCGUUGGACCUGGUGAAGAACAGGAUGCAGCUGAGCGGUCAGGGGACGAAGGCUCGAGAGUAUAAAACCAGCUUCCACGCCUUGUUCUCCAUCCUGAGAAACGAGGGCGUGGGAGGCAUCUACACCGGGUUACCUGCAGACCAGCGGAGAGGAUACAAGAAUGUUUUUAAUGCCCUCUUUCGAAUAACCAAAGAGGAAGGCGUCACUACGCUGUGGAGGGGUUGCAUUCCCACCAUGGCUCGAGCGGUGGUCGUGAACGCUGCUCAGCUGGCCUCGUACUCUCAGUCCAAACAGUGUUUAUAUUCUGGGCACCGACUGAAUUAUCUGUGUCAUGAUCAGGAGGUGCUGGUUCGAGUGGUGGGGAAGGAGGGCUUCUUCUCUCUGUGGAAAGGUUUCACUCCGUACUAUGCCCGCCUCGGCCCGCACACCGUCCUCACCUUCAUCUUCCUGGAGCAGAUGAACCGCCUCUACAAGACCUACGUCCUCGACGUUUAGCCCACGCGCACACAGUGUUUGAAUUCUUUCUGUAAAGAGAAAAAUGUAAAUUAAAUGUAGUUCAGACAUCAUUCACAGAUGUUUUGAGUAAUUAAGUCUUAUUUGUAGAAACCCUGCCCCACUGUCUCCCUGACAACACGCAGCAUCAUGAUGGGAUUGAUAGGUAACCAUGGUAACAACCAUGGCUGAGCACAGACUCGUGGUUGAAUAAAGACUUUUUGACCUUG